AUGGCGCAGGCUUCACAGCCCAAGACGCCCUUCGAUCCUCUAGGCGCUGACAGCGUGAGAGCUUUGUGUAGGCUGCUGAACCCAGAUGAUGACGAUGAUGGCGAGUUCAACUCCGUGCCGGCAAGCCGGGCGCACAUGAGUCCGGCGGAUCUACGCGGCCGUGAACACAAACCAACUGCAAAGCCAAACGUGAAAGUGGAAGCCAAGAUGCGGAAAUCAAGCGGCAUAAAUGCAAAUGAGAACUCGGCGCCGCUGAAUGAGCGCGUAUCCGCGAGUUCAGUGAAAGACUGUCGCCAGCUGCCCGACUACGAGAUUCUUCACCAACAGACCGUCGGACCUGAGGACAUUUUCUUGGGCAUCACCGGCAAAGAUCCGACAUCAGACCACUGCGACAAAUUCAUUAUCAAGGUGAAACUUCCCGACACGGAACUCAAGGCAAUUCAGUUGAAGGUGAGCAAGAAGAUCGAUUUGCGCGUGAGUCUCUGUGUGGCUGCGUUUGUUUACGGACCCCUGACUUCCUUGGUGCCGAUCAUCAAUUAA